AUGAGUCGAACGGAGUAUCCCAUGAUAUGCAAUGACUGCCUUCCAAAAGAGAAAUACAUAAAAAUGGUUCGGUGUCGGAAGGGAGCUGCGUGUAAGUUAUGUGAACGCCCGUUUGAUGUUUAUCGAUGGCAUAUGGCCGAUUCAAAUAGGCAGAAAAAGACUGAGAUCUGCUUAGACUGUGCAAAGACAAAGAAUUUGUGUCAGUGUUGUGUGAUGGAUUUGGAGUUUAAUAUUCCGUAUUAUGUCAGAGAUGCUGCACUCGCACAAGUUAAUGCCGAAGUGACAACAACAAGUGCUGUUGAUGCAAAGAAUACGCGGUGGAUGUUAGACUCUGCCAAAGAGCGACUAGCAAUCGAAGGGAAAAGUGAUUUUGACAAAAUUGAUCAAGAGAAGGCUGCUAACUUAUUAAUAAAGAAGCACAAUUAUCAAUCGAAUGUGCCAGGCAUGCCCAAACGUGAUGUUACUAAAAAGGAAGAUUCCAACCUGAAAGAGAAAGAAAAGAAUGAAACUAACAGUAAAGUUAAAAAGGCGUACGUCGAAAAGAAGCCAAAGAAACACCAAAGUUUUUUGAAGUAA